GGCGCGCGCUCGAGCAGCUGUCAUGAGGGGAAGAUGAGCGACACCGUGAUCGCGGAGGGAGCCGUUAAACUCAGAGACGGCAAAAAAUGGAGGAGCCGCUGGCUGGUUCUGCGCAAACCCUCGCCGGUCGCAGAUUGCCUGGUGCUGUAUGUGUAUAAGGAGCGCGGCGUGAAGGAGAGGAGCGUGACGCUGGAGCACAUCUGCGGUCUGGAGGCGUGUGUCGGCGGCGACGGCGUUCCCUUCAUCCUCUCCGUCCUGUGUCUCAGUCAAACCGCUGUGCUCGGCUUCGACAGCAGGGAGGCGCUGCAGAGCUGGGACCUGCGGCUGCGCUACUGCCUCGGGGAAGUCCACAGUUUCAGCGUAUCUGUGCUGCCCGGCACUAAACUGGAAAGCGGCCCGGCGACUCUGCAUUUGUGCAACAAUGUCCUGGUCAUCGCUAAAGACCUGCCGGCCGUCAUCAUCGGUCACUGGAAUCUGCUGGACCUGCGGCGAUACGGGCCGGUCAACAACGGGUUCGUGUUUGAGGGAGGAACACGCUGUGGUUACUGGGCCGGUGUGUUCUUCUUGUCCUGCGCUGAGGGCGAGCAGAUCAGUUUUCUCUUCGACUGUAUUGUUCGUGGCAUUUCCCCGUCCAGAGGCCCGUUUGGACUGAAGCCACUGCUGCCAGAGCCCAGCAUCAGUGCAGCUUCAGCGCAGGACAGACUGAAGCAUGAGGCGGAGGAGCUGGAGCGGAGGCUCAGUCUGCUGUCUCACAGCACAGCUUCCAGCUCGCGCUUCGGCUCUUCGCUUGCUGGCGACGACCGCAGCAUUUCCGGUUCCUCUGACACCUCAGACACGAGCCAAUCAGAUUGCAGCAUUAGCAGCCGCCCUGUGCCGUGGAGCGAUCUGGUUCUGCCCGGCUCUGCCGAAACGUCUCAGGUGGAGGAGAAACUCCAGGUCCCGGCCGAUCCCGUUCGCUCACGGAAGCUGAAAGAGUCCGGCCGACAGAGCUCAGCCGACAGCGGCAUCGCGACCAGCAGCUUCUCGUCCUACAGCGGGAGUCUGGAUGCUGCCGGUCCGGGAGAGGAAUACAGUGCGCUGUUCAACCUGCCAGAGAAACACCUGUGCUCCUGCUCAUCAAGUCCCAUCCACGAAUACCAGGUUCCCUCGUCCCUGCGGUUCCUAUACGACUCUCCCCGCAGCCUGCUGGAGGGCAGCAGACACAGCAGCACAUCUCAAGAUGAGCCCUGUUCUGAAUCUCCCAGCCAAUCAGAUUCAGAGCUUGAUAAAGGGGAGGAGUCACAGACAAGGGAGGGCCUAAUAAAAGGGGAGGAGGCUCAGGGAUUAUCCUGUAGUAAAAGCUGCUGUUCACUUCCUCCUGCGGGGAUGAAAUCACUCACAUCCUGCCCCUUCUGCGGAGGACUCAAGGGCUCUUUUCCACAUCAUUCACUGCCCGCUGUGCCAGCACAUAUAGCUAAUGAGUACAGACACACUCUUAAAGCGCCAGGUGAACAUUCAGCCACGCCCACUGCGGAUGUCAGACACGCAUCUUCGACCAAUCACGAUCCAUGGAAGCCCUCGCCUGAAUGCUCACAGACCAAUGAGGAGAAGCGAUCGGAGAACUACGACUCCGGUCUGUCUGAUCUCCUGUCACACUACAGUCCUGCUGCGAGAUCGGACAGAAGCAGCGUCUAUGAGGCGAUGGCAGCGUCCAGACACACCGUCCUGUACGAGAACUGCGUCCAGUGCAGGAGAGGAGAGGGCAGCUGCCGGGUCCUCAGACCCACUCCUCCGUCCAGAGAUGCGCUUGUCCAGGAACUGAGGAGAAACAUCUCAGAGUCCUGCUCCUCCACAGUUGCUCUGCAGCGAAUACCUGCAGAAGAUAAUAACAGAGAGAGAAUAUGGGCAGAGAAAGGAAGAACGGAUCCUGCUUAUGAAAUCAUGGACAGCCGAUCACCAGACAGGAGCCUGGAGGAGGAGCGCAGCAGGCACGAGCUCAUAACGCCUUCGCAGAAGAUUUCUCCUCAUCUGACUGAAGCGCUGACAGACAGACUCAGAGGAGACAUGGUGACAUACGUGAAUAUUCCCACCAGCCCAACAUCCAAAAAACAGCUGCAUUACAUGGAGCUGGAGCUGCAGGAGUCCAGCGCCGCCAUCAGAGGCAAAAGUUCCAGUAAAUACGCUCAGAUUGACAUCACAGCGACGGAGGCGGCUCACAGAGCGGGUUCCCAGCAUGCACUGGGGCGAGAGGAAGGCCUGCAGAGACUGGAGCAGCAGAGGAGACGACGAGGUCUUCCUCACGCUGAAGAGAGAUCGACUCUCCUCUGGACAAACUGACCAAAACACCUGCAUCAGUCCAGACAGUGAAACACAGGCAGUGUAGUGUAGUAGUGCAGUAUCUACGGGCUUGUUUCUGUGGAAUUCACUAUGUAGUGAACAGGGAAUGAGUGCACGUAAUAUAUAUUCACAUCACACACGUCUGUCAUGCUUAGACGAACCUGUUAAACACACUUUCAGUCUACAGUGAGCUGCUGCUACGUGAAUAGAUAUCUGUGUUCUCAUGUUAGAUAAAUGUGUGCAAUGCACAGAACCAGAAAUGCAUUUUUUUAUUUAUUUUUAUGUAUUUCAUUUUAAAAUGCUGAAUAUUUGUUGUAUUGCUUUCUAGUUGCAUUUGUAUGAAAUAGGCUGCAUUUGUGUAGCAACUUUAGUCUUUUUAUUAACAUAAAUUCAAGUGUACUGAGUCAUUUUUACAUUAAACUGCUGAUUUUGUAUUUUGUACAUUACUGGCCUGUAUGUUCUCGUUUUCUUUUUCAGCACUGAAGGAAGUGAACACAAUAUGUGUUU